AUGACGGCGGUGGCGGCGGCGGCGACGGCGCCAGCGGGGGCGGCGGAUGGGGAAAAACCAGACGCGCGCGCGACGGAGGCGGGAGAUGGGGCGAUGACGGACGCGCCGAAUACGCCCGCGGAGGAUGGGGCGAUCACGGAGGCGGCGGCGGCCGCGGGUGCGAACGCGGCGGCGGCGACGUGGCCGGCGAACGCGGUGUCGGCGGCCCGCGGGGAGAUCUUGUUGACGCUGAAUCAGUCGAUGAAGGCGCCGAAAGGGUACGCGUACAUGCCGGCGGGUGAUUACGCGGCGUUUGACUCGAAUUGGUUGGAGAGUAAGAAACGCGUGCGUAGACCGUCGGCCAAGGUAGAUGACGGGAUGUUCGCGUCGGGCGACGACGAGGGCGGCGGGAUGUUUGCGGCGCCGGGCGACGAUUCGGCAAAGCUUCCAGAAAAACCGGACGAAGAGUGUACGGAAGAGGAGCUUGCUUUGCGGAAGCUGCAACGCAAAGAGCAAAAGCGUCGUAAGAAGGAAGAGUUGGCGAAGCGUCUCGCGGCCAUCGAGGAGGCCAAGACCAAGGUGGCGGAAAUCGAGGCGAAGAAGCAGUUACAAUUCGCCAGGUUACCUCCGCCGCGUCCGGCGUCGGCGCGACCGAUCAAGGCGACGCAACCGUACGAUGGUUACGGCGUCUCGUCCUACGGGUCGAAGAAGAAGGGCUCCGCGGCAAAUCUUGCGGGCGUCAAGAAGUUAAGGGAUGGCCGCGCUGUCACGACGCAGCGUUUGCAAAAGGAGUACGAAGUUGAGCAGGCGCGCGACGCUCGACGCAAGGAAAUGAUAAGACGUUGCCGUGAAGUUUUAAUAGCGUCGAAGAAGCACAAGUAUCACAAGAUUUUCCUUGUGCCGGUCGACCCGAAAAAGCAUGGGGUGCCAGACUACUUUGACAUCAUCAAGAACCCGAUGGAUAUGGGCACGGUGAAGACGAAGCUCGACACCAAGGCAUAUCUCAACCCCGCUGAGUUUUGCGCCGACAUGCGCUUAAUCUUCUCCAACGGCCUUCUGUACAACGGCACGGCGUCAGAUGCUGGCGUCAUGACUGAAACCGUCCGCCAGUUAUUCGAAACCGCGUGGUUGAAUAGCGAUCUCGAAGACUACGUCUCAAUCGAAAACGAAAUUCGAGAGCACGAGGACAUUGAAAUUCGCAACACGCCCGCCACGCCCAUCAGUCUUGAGGUGGCUGUCCUCGAAGACGCUAGAGCGGAACUCGAAAAGGUCAGACGCGAGAUUGAGGAACUGAAGCGCGCCAAGCAAGAAGUUAUAUACAAGGAAGACGACGAAGAUGAUUGGGACGACGAACCGAUGCCGCGACCAAAGUCUCGGUCUCGCGGGGCGGUCAAAAGACAAAGAGACCCAGAUGAAGAUCCCGACUUCGACUUCGAUGACGCGCGCAUGGAUGAAGACACUUACAAGGAGUACAAGGAGGAAGGCCGGAUUCGAAAGGAAAUCAAGCGAGAGCGUGGAUUCAGGAGCGAAGGAGGCUACUCGCGUCCGCGACCGGCGCCGACGCCCUCGCGCGAUAUGACUUUUGAUGAAAAGUCUGAGCUCACAAUGUUGCUUGGAGAACUUCCCGAAGACAAGCAGGAUCGAGUCGUACAAAUUGUUAGUGAAGCGAAACAAGCUUUGGGCCAAGGGGAGGAAGAUGAGAUCGAAAUCAACAUCGAAGAGCUUCCCGCGGCCACGCUCUGGAAACUUCACAAAUACGUCAAUGGCGUGCUUCGUCCGAAGAAGCGUAAGCUCAACGCCGCUGAGCAGCUUCUUGAGGCGAAAAUGCGUGAAGCGCAAGCCGCGCGCGAGCUUGCGGCUGUCGAGCAAACAUUGCAGCAGGUUCAAGAGACCGGAGGAAGCUACCAAGACGUCGUUCAUCUCAACAGCGCCGGGCCGUCGGCUCAAAAGCCAGAAAAGAAACCGGUCGACGACGACUCCGAUACCGACACCGAUUCCGGAGAUUCGGAUUCAGACACUUCGAGCAUGGAUAGCGCGGAAGGUGCUGGCAGUAAUCCGGAGAAGCGCGCCGCCGUCACCGGUGCCGCCGCGCCCGUCGACCAGUCGUCUAACCAGUUCGCCAAGGAGGCUCCGGGCAUCAAACAAAACGUCUCCAAGGCGGCGGUGAACGUCCAAAAUCCGUCAGGUUGGGAAAAUCUGGCGAGUUCUGACGCGCCAGUGAACGCGAGCGCGCAAGCGGCGACGCAGGAUGCCAUUCCGGAUGACUUGUGGAAUGAGUUCGAAGCCGCGGCUCAACAAAAGCAACAACUCGACGAAUCCAGAAAAGAGGACGAGGCGCAGGCGCAAGCCGAGCGCGAGCGACUGGAAGCGGAAAAGAAAGCAGCUGAAGAGGCGAAAAAAGUUGCCGAAGAAGCCGCAAAGCAAGCCGAGGCCAAGGCGCGAGAAGAGGCGCGCGCCAAGGCGCGAGAGGCGCUCGAAAACCAAGAGCAAACCAUCGAUCUCGAGGAACAACGCAUCGCGAUGAAGCAGUUCGGAGGCGACGGUAUGGGCGGAAUGAUCGGAUCCAUCGAUCCGAGCAAGCUCAAGCAAGGCUCGGAGUGA